AUCAGAUCAGGCAUGGGGAAUGGUCUGAAAAAUAAAUGGGCCUACAUAUUGGCAAUUUGGGCCCAAAUGAUAUUAUUUUCAACGCGUGCUGAAGCAACAGUAUCUGCGGAGGAAGGAAGGAAGUAGGUUGGCUGGGGAAGAAUGGGGAGUUGCGGCCGGAGCAGUCUGAGCUUCUUUAUAGCUUCAAGACCGUUUCAUCUCCGGCACCAGUCAAGUGACCGCCUCUUGCCUUCUCUUGGCUUAACUCAUCUCAACCUCAAGCGCAGGCUGUCUCUCUCCAUCACUUCAUUUUCCACCAAGAUUCUGUCUCCUCCUCCUCUCUCGGACAAGGACAAGAGAAGUAAUGCCCUGCCGCGUGGGGCAGGAGAAGGAGUUAAAGAAGAUGCGAGGAGUAAGCUUCUUCAAGUAGUCUUGGUCUCUCCUCAGAUUCCUGGAAACACAGGUUGCAUUGCAAGAACAUGUGCUGCUUCAGCUGUUGGACUGCAUUUAGUCGGGCCAUUAGGUUUUCAAGUGGAUGACGCCAAAGUAAAGCGAGCUGGUUUGGAUUAUUGGCCCUUUGUGGUUGUCAAAGCGCACAGCUCAUGGGCUGAGUUUCAAGAAUAUUUCAGGAAACAGGAGGGAGAGAAACGGAUGAUAGCUUUCACCAAAAGAGGAACAAAGAUACAUUCAGAAUUUUCUUACAGAAGAGGCGAUUACCUCCUGUUCGGGUCAGAGACAAGCGGUCUACCUCCUGAAGCGCUGUCAGACUGCAAAAGCGAGUUAUAUGGAGGUGGGACCAUACGUAUACCGAUGGUGGAAACGUAUGUGAGAUGUUUGAAUCUGUCGGUGAGUGUUGGUGUUGCUGUGUAUGAAGCGUCUAGGCAACUUAACUAUGAGCAAAUAGAGUGUGCACCUGAAGGAGAUUCUGUGAAUGGUGAAGAACCAUUGUUUGCAGAUGAUAUUUUUGCAUGAUGUAUUGCCAAAAAAAAAAAAAAGAGGGACAACACAGAGGCAUGAUAGUCAUAGCCAUAGGUGAAUGGAACACCAUUGAGACUUCAUCUUCAAGAUAAAGACUACCUCUAUUUUGGUCAACUUUUUAGCUGAUUAUCCUUUUAUUAGAUCAAAUCCCAAGUGUGGGGGAUGAUAAAGUUUUUCCGUUACGAAUUUUAGAAAUAGAAGUAUCUUAUUCUAUUCUU